ACUAAUAGUAUUUAUUAUAGGAUAUUAUCAAAAAUCUAGUAAAUUUACAUCUAACUACAUUGAAGUAUUGAAGUUAAACAAGCGUAAAGCACGAUGAAUAGGGCAGCUACCCGUUGACACAGUGUUGAAUAAGGCACGGCCUCGUUUCCCCCUUUCAGCGCCUACAGUAUGCUUACCGUUAUAGAUGUAUAGAGUCACUAUAGACCCCAAUCAGCAACCAUCUUUCAAUCUCGAAAAUUACCUGUUGCAUUCCAAAGUAAACCUACAUUAACAUUCCAUUUCAUUUUUAAAUAGUUUUUCAUUAGGAAUUAUUAUUUUACUUCCAUUCGCACGUUUUAGUACUUCCUCCGGAAAAGAGUAGAGGAUAAAGGCUUCUUUCGAAAACCAUACCAUAGUACAUAAAUACAUCACCUCAUAGAAUUGAUUAAAUUCAAAAGUAUAUGAACAAAUCAAAAAAAAUCCGUAUCGGGAUCAGACGGACCAGUGGAGGUAAUCGCGCCUCUAUGCAAAACCCGGCAAUCGCGCUGCUGGAGACGGCGUCGGCGCACGAGAGGGCGGCGCUGGCAUGUGAGCACCGGUCCCGGUGAGAGCGUUGGCGCAGCGGCAUGGAGGAGCGCCCGCCCGACGUGCCCCUGAUCGUGACGCCGCCGGGCGCCGGCGCGGGCGCCGCGCUCACCACCUCGCGGCGCGCCGCCUCCGCGCGCAGCUCCCGCGACGACCCGCCGCCCUCCACUUGGCGCUCCUCGGUGCGUGUGCGCGACACCAGUUUCCGCGGCUCCCGCAAGAGCGUCGUACGCCUCGAACCGCCCUGUAAUGGCCUCAACGGGUUGCCCGCCAUCGGCAAGGAGGUCCUGUCUCUGGGCGCGACGGGCGGCCACAAGGGAACCACCCAGCCUUCCCACCCUUGCACUAUCCUCCACCAUUCUCCUUAUAAGGCCGCUUGGGAUUGGUUGAUCCUAAUAUUAGUGAUUUAUACCGCAAUAUUUACACCUUACGUAGCUGCAUUUCAACUAAAUGAGCCCGACUUCGACAAGAGAUCCCGCGCGUUCGGCCAGGACCCCAUUGUUAUUAUUGAUAUGAUAGUGGAUGUGACGUUUAUUAUCGACAUUCUAAUAAACUUUCGGACUACAUACGUAAAUGCCGCCGACGAAGUGGAGUCGGAUCCUGCCAAGAUCGCUAUGCAUUACUUACGCGGAUGGUUUAUCAUUGACCUGGUAGCCGCUAUCCCCUUCGACCUACUUCUCUUCGGCACCGAUACCGAUGAACAGGGGCUGGAAAGUGAUGAGACAACUACGCUCAUUGGUUUACUAAAAACAGCGCGACUGUUGCGCUUAGUGCGAGUCGCAAGGAAAAUAGAUAGAUAUUCCGAAUAUGGCACAGCCGUCCUCCUCCUCCUUAUGGCCACGUUCGUUCUUAUCGCACAUUGGUUGGCCUGUCUCUGGUACGCUAUCGGAAACUGGGAGAGACCUCAACUUCAAGCUCCCAUCGGCUGGCUAGACGCCCUUGCGAAUGAUGUACAGGCUUCCUAUGAUAACUCGACUGGCCCCUCUAUGAGAUCCCGGUACAUAACAGCUUUAUAUUUUACGUGCACUUCCCUGACGAGUGUUGGUUUUGGCAACGUGGCACCGAAUACAGAUAUGGAAAAAGGAUUUACGAUAUUCGUCAUGCUUGUUGGAUCACUAAUGUACGCUAGUAUUUUCGGAAAUGUAUCGGCGAUUAUACAAAGGCUGUAUUCGGGAACGGCGAGAUACCAUACACAAAUAUUGAGAGUUCGGGAAUUCAUUCGUUUUCAUCAGAUAACCAACCCUCUCCGCCAAAGAUUGGAAGAAUAUUUCCAACACGCGUGGAGCUACACAAAUGGCAUCGAUACUUCUAGAGUUUUAAGGAGAUUUCCUGAAUGUUUACAAGCGGAUAUCUGCUUACAUUUAAAUCGCAAUUUAUUAGCUAGCUGUGCUGCUUUUGAAGGUGCUAGUCCGGGAUGCUUAAGAGCUCUAUCUUUAAGGUUUAUGACUACGCAUGCCCCUCCCGGGGAGACCCUCGUCCACCGCGGUGAUGUGCUUUCUUCGCUAUAUUUCAUCUCUCGUGGUUCGAUAGAAAUUUUAAAAGAUGAUAUUGUUAUGGCUAUAUUAGGUAAGGACGAUAUAUUUGGCGAAAACCCCUGUACCCAUAACACAGUCGGCAGAAGCAACUGUCGAGUGAGAGCACUAACAUACUGCGACCUGCAUAGAGUACAUAGAGACGAUCUACUCGAUGUCCUCGAAUAUUAUCCCGAGUUCCGGAGCACCUUCAUGAACAACCUGGAAAUCACAUACAACAUGCGUGAUGAAGAACUUGGUGGAUUAGAGCCAAGGCGUCGAAUGCGUUAUGAAAAUGCUAAUGAAGCUCGAUUGUUAAGAGAAGCCUACGCGCGAACUAAUCGCAGGCCUCAAGCUGAAGCAUUUGCUGAUAAGGAUUCACAAUGCAGCGAUGAGGAUACAGAAUCUACACCAAGUCGAGGUAUCUUAGAAUUUUCUACUGAUAAGGCUGGACAAGAUGUCACUCCUCUUAACUUUAAUUUUAGUAAGCAACGCUCCACCACGCUCAACUCUAUAACAGGCAUGCUUGCGCACUUUAAACGGAGCUUCCCAGACCUCUAUCAUCAUAAAACGCACCAGCCGCUACACAACAAAUACUCGCAAUCUACGCCGCAAACGUAUAGAGGUCGAGCAGCAGUCCGGCGGCAGUCAUCUGUGGGUCCCUUAAAUGAUACUUCCCCGCUAACUUCAGCUGCUGCCGGCGAGCCCGCAGUUAGCACGCCCGCACACAGCACAACUCUUCCCGUGUCAAGCCUCAGCACGAAUCCUAGUUCGUACUAUACGAACGCAUCGCCGAGUCCUCCAGCGCCAGCUCCCGUCCACGUCUCCUGCGAUGAUAUCCUCGCGCCUUCUGCGACUCAAUCUGUUGGAAGAACUCCGUCAUCUAGAUCUGCACCGCAUUCGGCUGUCAAUUUACAUAUGACUGGACGUCCAACAGCUCUUGUGCUGAACGGUGAAAGAACUCAAAAUUCAGGAGUGCAGGAUACUGUCUCACCACAGUAUCAAAACGUGGGAGCGGCUGCAACUGCAGCUUCUGUGACGACAAUAUUAACAAGGCUAGAAGAAUUAAGCCGCCGCGUAGCUGUAUUAGAAAAUGGAUUAACUGCGGAUGUGCGAAGAAUCUUGCAGCUGUUGCAAGCCCGUGAGAUGCCCCACCAUAACGCAGCUCCAGCUCAUACUCCAUCGCAGCCGUUACCUAAAGCAUCUCUGUCGGUACCUCAGAAUAAUGAUAACCAAUGGGAGUGGAACUGGAACGGCGACCGUGAGCGUGGCGCUCGACCGAGAGGCGAGCGCGCCGACCGCACGCCGGGAGUACAAAGGUCCGCCUCAGAGCCGCACGCACCCGUGCCGCCGGUUCUGCCGCCUCCACCGCACUCGCAUUCCUUCUACAGGUAGUGUGAGGCAGGCGAGACGAGCGCUCCUCGCUCCCGGCCAUCGACGC